AUGGCUAGAUUACUUAAGAUGCAGAUACAGGGAAUCCGAAGCUUUGGUCCGAACGACAGUGAUCAGCAGAUGAUUACGUUUCAAUCACCUGUGACGCUGAUAUUAGGGCAGAACGGAUGUGGUAAGACGACGACAAUUGAAGCCCUGAAGUAUGCAGCUACAGGUGAGGUGCCAGCAGGAACUAAACAAGGGCAGUCGUUUGUUCAUGACCCGAAGAUGGCUCGUCAGCCAGAGACAAGGGGCCAAAUAAAAUUGUUGAUGGCUGAUCGCAAAGGCGAAGAAGUUGUCAUCACACGUACGUUACAAACAACACAGAAGGCAAAAAAUUUGCAAUUGAAAACACUGGAUCCAGUAAUUCAUAGGAAGAAGUCUAGUGGUGAAGUUGUACAGGUUGGUGGACGGUGCAUUGAUGUAAAUUUAGAAAUGUCUCAUGUUUUUGGUGUAUCAAAAGCUGUUCUGAGCAAUGUUAUAUUUUGCCAUCAAGAAGAUUCUAACUGGCCAAUGGAUGAGGGAAAGAAACUCAAGGAGAAGUUUGAUUCCAUAUUCGAUGCAACAAAACUUAAUAAAUGUUUGGAACACAUCAGAGAUCUUAGGAAAGCAGUAAAUACAGAAAUCAGCACUGAUGAGAAACUUCUGAAAUCACAACAAGAGAUAAAAGAUGAGACUGUUUCAAAAAAGAAGGAUUUACAAGAGGCAGAGAGUCGUCUGGCAGUAACUCAGGACAAAAUAGAUAACUUGAGCGAUAAACUAUCACCUUUGCUAGAAAAACUAGAUGAAAUUUGUGAUGUGGAAAAGGAUUUCCUUCAGCUCACCAGGGAGAAAGAAAGAGCUGAAGACAAGAUGAAAAUACUAGAAUCGCAACAAUCAGAUUUAAAGAAGAAUAUUAAGGAAGUGCUUGAGUGGAAAACUUUAGAAGAAAUAACUGAUUUAAUCAACAGUUUUAAAACUGAAGCAAGGAACUGGCAGGAGCACUUGAAAUCUAUGGAGAUUGAACUUCAGCAGAUAUCUAGGGAUGAGGAGCGAGUAUUGGAAGAAACAAGCCAAGAGCAGAUGACUCUUGGAAAACUUCAGAAAGAGGAAGAAGAUCAUAAUACUCGAAUAGAUGCACGCAAUAAGAAUCUACAGAGAUUGGCAGAAACAUUUCAAAUAAGAGUAAAAGAAGAUACAUUUUCUUCAGAAGUUCUUGUCUCAAAUUUAAUGCAUCAAGUCGACGAUAAAAUAAGAGAGUCAAAGGUACAGUUUGAGCAGUUACGGAACAGGUUUCAAAGAGAAGAGCAGGAACUCCAAAGUAAAAUAGACAUUGCUAGAGACACUAAAGCAAAGCUAGAGCAGGAAAUCACCUCAAAAAAACGACAAGCAGAAGAUAAUAAAGCUGAAGAAUGGAGUGUCAAAACAGAAAUUGAAGAUAUAGAGAAAUCUGGUGAAGAACUUGUCAAAUUAGGAAGAGAACUGGAGCAAGCAAAAACUAACUGGGAAACUGCUUGUCAAGAACUUGAUGAAGAACAGCUGAAAAAAGAAAUUAGAGAUCAGCACCAAGAGAGCAACAGGCUGGAUGAUAAGCUAGUUAUUGUGGAUAAAGAAGUUCAGACAUUGCAGCUGUUGAGUAGUGAGCAGGCACAGCUUGAUAUCCAGAACAAACUGAAGGCAUCUAAGGAGUCCGAACUCAAAAAACUAAAGAACAAACACAAUGAAGCACUGCGCCACCUUUUGUUUACAGUGCCACAACAAAAUUUGAAACAUGACUUGGAUGCUUGCAUGCUUCAACUGACUCGUCAGAUCAACAACAUCAAUGAGAAGAUAAAUAGUAAGCAGAAUGAGGCGGCUGCACUUGAAGUGAAACGAGCCCAUCACAAGGAGCAGUUGGAUUUGAAAGAAAGAGAGCUGCGAAAAUUUGAAGAAGAAAUAUAUGAUUUGUGUGGCAGGCAAGAUUUUGAUGAGUACAUACAAAGUGUUUCUGAUAGAAUACAAGAACUGCAGGACCAAAAAGGAACGCUCAGUGCUUCGGAAUACAUGUUCCGUCGCUACAUUCAGAAACUGGAACAGGAAGAUCCUUGCUGUCCAUUGUGUCAUAGGGAGUUUGAAGCCGCUUCUGAAGCUGCUGAACUUGCAUAUGAACUGAGUAAUAAAGUCAGUGAAGUCCCAGCACGCCUUCAGGACAAUAAGAAAGAACUAGAAAAUAAGCUAAAGGAAUAUGAUAAACUUUUGCAAAUGAAACCUGCUUAUGAAAGAACUGAUAUCAUGCGCACCAAGGAGAUACCAGAAAUGAAAGAGUCACUUCAUCAAACAGAAGAGGCUUUAGAUGCAGCUCGGAAACAGAUUAAAGAUUUGAAGGAGCAGUUACUGGGUCCAAAAGCAAAGGAGCAGAUGGCAAAGGAUAUCCAAGGAGAUGUAGUCCGCAUUGAUCAGUUGCAGACAGAACUGCGCCGCAUAGACAAAGAAAUUCAGGAGCUGCAGUCUAAGAUGCCCACAGGAUCGUCACGCUCCAUGGAGGAAGCCCUGGCAGAGCAGGAGGAGCUUCGAGCACAAGUCAGUGCUAUUCAGCGUGCACUCCACAUGAAGCAGGAGUCACUGAGAAGGCAUUCAGAGAGAGUCAACCAGCUGAGGGAGCGCAAAAAUGUACUUAUGGAAAAGAAAUUGAAGCUCGAAAGUGGACAGCAGAAACGUCGACAACUGGAGGAACGUUUGCAGGAGUUGCAAAGUAUGCAUGUGAUGAUACAGUCAGAAAUUGAGGUGCUCGAGACCCGACUUCAAGAAGCUAGAGAGACACUUGAUUCUGCAGUGCAGUCAAAAAAUAUUAGAGUUACAGAAAAUCGAAAAAAUGUAGAUCAGGGACAAAAUAAGAUUGUUGAGCAAGGAAGGAAACAUGAUGAAAUUUGUAAUUGGCAUAAUAGCAUUCAACGGUAUGAACAGAGCGGCAUGAAAGAGAAACUUACGUCAGUUCAAGAAAGAUUGAUAGAACUGGACUCUAAAAAGGAGACCCUUGCAGAUAAAAACAGAAGAACGUGUGAAAACAUUGAUAAGCUUAAAGAAAAAAUUUCAAAUCAGCAGCUGAAAGCAAGAGAACUUGAAGAUAACAAAAUAUUGAAGGAGAAACAGGUAGAAGCUGAAGAACUGAAGAGUGUAAUAGAUAAAGUAAAACAGCGCCUUGCGACGAAUUAA